AUGAGACGGCGCCCUCGCUCGCCCACCAUGAUGGAGGGUCGAGACUAUGCCGACGACGACGAGGGCCUCUUUCGCUUCGAUACCGAGGAAGAAGAGGCUGCUUUCAUGAACAACCUCAACGAGGACGACUUGAUGGAGCCUCUGACUCCGGUCGGAUCGGCCGAGCCCGUCAUCGCCCCAGCCAUACUCCACCACGCCGCCGCCACCGCCGCCGCCGCCGCAUCUGGAAGGCCCCACAGUAGUUCUCACAGCAACAACUUCUCUUCCGUCAACGCCUGGCAGCAGCCGGAGCCUGCCUCGCCGCCGCCCCCGCCUCUGUCGUACUCACCCUCACCAAGUGCUACACCAGCUACGCAUCAUCGCCCUGCAGACCGCCGCCGCCUAUCGUCACAUCGCUCACGUCAGUCCCGGCUGUCCCACCAGGGCUCAGAUCAAAGUCUCGCCCAGCAUUCUCACCGCCCAGCGCCAGUCCCUGCCGCUGCGCACCAUGAGGAUCUCCAGCAUCAGCCUCCUGUGCAGGACCAGGUCGAUGAUGACGGCCUCAUCGAUGAUGAUCUCGGAGGCCAGAUCCAGCACCAGCGCGCGGUUAAUGAAGACGAGCCCUCCAGGGAUGAGCUCAGGGAGAACGGCUUCGUCGAAAUAGAUGCCGAUGGCGUUGAAGCCAUGUUCAACGGCAACGAGGCAGACCGCAUCACCGCGCAAAAGUUUCAGUCCGAAGUUCUGAAGACCAUCAAGCAGAACGGAAAGGUGGUCUACAUGGUCGGCCAGGCAACCGCGCAGUGGUGGCUCAGCUCAGAGAUGCAGAAACGACGAAGGGCUGCCGCUCGACGAAUGUUGGACAUCGGGGGUGCAGUUGCUUCUUCUGCCGGGAACGUCAUCAUGAACAAUACUCCCAUCGGCGGGGUCGUUACCACGGUAUCCGAUAACGUCACUGCGUUCAGGGCCGCACCAUUUUUAUACACGAUGCAGGGCCUUGGGAUCAUGAAGAAGAAUAAGCCUACCACUGCAGUCCUCUCGCCCACGACCGCCAAUCAACAUAUGUCGAACGACCGCCUCUUGGGCCCAGAUGAAGAUAAACACUUUGCACCAUCUCCGGCAAUAGUCCAGGAUGAAAUUGAGGACGACAUGCUAGGUGUAUUGAAUUUUGACGACGCAGACGACAUCUAA